AUGUCUACUCAGAAGGCCGUCAUUGUUACCGAACCUAAGACUGCAGGCUUGUCCAUUUCCCGUGUCAUUCUCGAGCUCCGCGAUGAUUACGUCCUUGCAAACACUGUUAGUGUGGGGGGUGAUUACUCUGGCGUUCUUGAGAUUAUUGGUAAUGAUUUUAAGCUAUGUUGGAAGAAGGGAGACGGAAUCUGCGGUUCCGCUCAUGGUAGUAAUGCUGUUUAUUCCGAGGAUGGCUCUUGUGCCGAAGAAGUACGUUCUGCGCCAACAUCCGUAGAGUAUCAGCGCCAAGCGACCUUGAUCGUUGGUGGAUCGGUAGCCAGCGUCGCCAAAGGCUACUUGGAGCCUAGGGCGACUGGUCUGGAUCUCAAUUCAGGGCAAGCUUUAUACGAAGUCAGAAUUGAUAAAAUCAGCAAUAAUCAAUCCGCUCUGGAACAACAAGUGCACAAACCAAAUACCCCUCUGAAAAGCAAAGACACCACGGCCAAAAAGACGCCAGCGAAGGAUCGCGGAGCGUCUCGAGGAAUAGGUGGCGGCAAGCAAGCUCCACUUGACGGCCUCCAGAACCGCAUAACCCUUAUGGAGACCUCAGUUGAGACACUAAGCUCUGCUAGGCUAUUAUUCGCGAGUUUACGUGAGACCAUGAAGGCUGUGUAUACCAUAGCAGCCGGAAUAAGCCUUGAUGACGACGGAACCCGUCUAUCGAUUUCGAUCAAGUCCAAAGACCCCUUGGGUUUAUUCUUGUAUAAAGAGCUCCGCUGCACGGAUGGGAUGAAGAGCUUCGUUUCAGGCUGGGGGGAGGCCCUGCGCUGUCCGAAAUGGCCGAUAUACGCUGAGAUGUCUAUCCAUACUGAGGCCCCCGGUUUGAUGUGGCUGUAUAUCAACUUCGGGGAAUUGUAA